AUGAAUAGCGUGUUUUCGGAUGACCUCCGCAGAAAGAAGGAGCACAUUGCAUCCAGCGCCAAGCUCAAUGCAUUUAUAGUUGUCUUGCUUGUGACGAACACGAUCAUUUUGGGCAUAGAAGUGGAUGACCAGAGGGCAGCUGCAGUUGAGACUAAUAUUGGGUUUGUUCUUCUUGAAGUAGUCUUUGCGACGAUCUUUGUCUUGGAAUGGCUUGUUCGACUUCACCAACAGCAGUUCGAGUUCUUCCAUGAUGGCUGGAAUGUCUUUGAUUUCAGUCUCGUACUGAUGGGCUUUGGCGACUUGAUGAUGACGCUCUUUCGCCCAGUUGCAGGCGUACAGUUGGCCAAGGCAUUUCGAGUCUUUCGCGGCUUACGCGUUGCCCGGAGCGUGAAGGGCGUCAAUGGUCUGGGAGGGCUUUGGUUCAUGAUCCAAGGCUUGCUGGACUCAUUUAAGGCCGUCACAUUUGUUGCAACGCUUGCAGCAGUUGCGCUGUACGUCUUCGGAGUGUCGCUGACCUCGGUGGUGGCGACAGAUCCUCUUGUCUUGAACUACUGGCCAACCGCGAAGUUUUAUUUCGGCACGAUAGGCCAGUCAAUGAUGACAAUGCUACAGGUAGCAACACUGGACAGUUGGGCAGGUUUAGUUGCUCGCCCACUGUUUUACUUGUCUCCUCAAGGCGUCGUGCUGUUGAUCCUGGGGGUUAUCCUGCUGACCUACGCCAUCUUCAACCUUCUCGUGGCAGUGAUGGUGAAGCAGAUCACAUCCCUAGCAUGCGACAGCAAGGAGGCCUCGGCAAGGAUGUUGAUCAACUCAGAACGGUACAUCUUGCACACCUUGCUGCUCGAGUUCCACCGGCAUGACCAGGACAACAUGGGCCUUGGCCUUCGGGAGUUCAAGAAGAUGAUAAGGCAGCCUGAUGUACUUGCUAAGCUGUCGUUGCUUGGCCUUCGCGUGGACGAAACUGAAGAGCUCUUCACUGUACUUGAUGCUGAUGGCAGUGGAGAGGUUAGCGCUGAGGAGCUGAUCGAUGGGAUUCAGCAACUGAAGGGUCCAGCUACUGGCCAGGACAUGGUUCGGCUCAUCAGUAUCGCGCUUCACGAGAACUGGCGGGCUGGAUGCUUCGUCGAGCGGCUGCGGCGCAUGAGCUGUAAGGCUGAUCAGAUUCAGGGGCGACUGAAUGGUAUGGGAUUCCAGCUGACACAGGAAAGGCGUGCAGCCAAAAACGCGGAAGACCGUUAUGUACUGCUUCACAACCAGGCGGCAGAUAGGGACAACGUGAUCUAUGAGAUGGACCAGUACCGGUUCAGCAACUACCCGGAGAUCGUGCCUAAGCCCGUGCCAAAGCAGGUCGUGCUUGUGAUAAUGUACUGGCUGACGAGGAAGAGAGGCUGCAGUUUGAGAGCUGCGCAGAGUGUGGCGAUCAAUGCGGCGGUUAUUUGGAGUGUCACGUGCUCCAACCGUGAGAUCUGUGGGCCUCGGUUCCGGGACGCUCAGAAGUUCGCUGACGGUGAGGCACACAUCAUGGUUGCCACCGAGUUCGGGGGUCGAGGCAUUGACUGGCACCAGGUGGAUCAUGUCAUCAACUUCCAGAUGCCAACAGGUGCCGUCUGCUGGCUUCACCGCGUUGGCCGCACGGGCCGGAUGGGAAAGCGAGGCCUUGUGACGAACUUCAUCGGAAGCAAGGACCAGGUCUUGUCGAAGCUCAUCCAAGAUCAAUUGCAGGCUGGCGAGGACCUGCACACCCUAUUCUCCAGAAAAAGGUCGCUGCGCAGACGCCUGCGCAACCGCAAGGAGGAUGGUGAUCCUGCUUCGGACAGCGAAGGCAGUGACGGACCUGUGAAUUUGGAUGGUGGUCUUGAGAUCCUAAGCAAAGCCGACCGCACCCAGAGUGCAGAAGGCGAGCUUCUUGGAUACUUGACCACACCUGCGUUGGAAGAUGGUUUCUCUCGUGGCCCAAGGGCGAAGACUCGAGCGACGAAGCUACGCACGGCAAGUUCGCAGGAGGAAAGUGCCACGGGCGAUGGCUUGUCGGACAUCCGUGAUCGUCUCCUUGCCAGUGAUUCCGAGUCCGACAAUGAAGUGCAAGAGUCGAGUUCAGAAGAUGAAGCUGGCGGCGAGCACAAGCAAGAGGGCAGUCGAACCAGCCAGCCGGCGAAGACCCCCUUCAGCUGGUCGCAGCUGGCCGAAGACGGAGAUGCUGCGCUCGGGCCUGCACCCGUUCGACAGCUGGAACGUGCUGGAGGCGGCGAUAGAAUACAGGCUGCCACCUUCGGAGGCCGCUACACUGACCAAGACCGCCUCCCGAGCUCGCGGCGUAUUGCUCGGAGGAAAGCUCUUGGUGUGCGAACGAAGAACCGGCUGGAUGCAGGUCGAAAUUAUGCUUCGCCAGAUGAUGACCUCUUGCUGUGA